AUGCUGCAUCUCAGGGCGCUGGGCAGGGCGGGCAAAGGCCUGGCACUGCGCUCCUCCGCCACCCUGGCCUGCGCCGCCCCCGGCAGCGCUGUGGCAGAGCAGGCCGGUGCCGCUGCCAGGGGUGGCGGCUGGAGGAGUUUGCUGGAGGGGUAUGGUGGCGCCGCCUCGCGGCUGACUUUCGCCUUUGGCGGCAGGGAGCAGGACGAGGAGGGUGCCUCCAAGGCUGGCACCGCAGCACCUUGGGCUGCCAGGCCGCUGCACACGGGUCCCGGGCUGAUGGCGGCACAGCAGCAGGGCAGCACCUUCAACAACCCCGACGCCACCGCCAGGGAGGCAGGGCGCCCCACCUCUGGCGGGCCCAGCGGCGUUGGCGGCGCCGCCGGCGGCUACUCCCUGCUGGGCGCGGCGCACGCAGGCCUGGCCGCCUCCUGCUUCCUGGCGCCCACCGCCAUCGCCAACUUCUUCUUCCCGGGCGCCGCGCUGCCACAGGGCUUUGAGUCCCAGGCUCUGGUGAAGCUGCUGGGGUGCGGCGCGGGCGUGGGCGGCGCCGCCUCGCUGGGCCUCAGGCAGCUGGCCGACGGCGGCCAGCUGGCCUCGCCCACCGCCCACCGCCUGCAGCUGGGCCUCAUGGGCUUCUCCUCGGGCGCCAUCGCCCUGCACGCCCUCUACUCUCCCUCCAUCACCCUCACCUCCUUGCUGUCUGGCGCCGCCGUCAUGGGCACCACUUUCCUCAUCCCCUACAACCACUAUGUGGCGACCAACGGGGGCUUGAAGGUGGGGGAGGCUGUGAAGAGCUACUUCGGAGCAGUGCCCGACCACCUCAAGAUCACCGGGCUGCAAAGCGGCCUGUACUCGCUGCUGACUCCCGUGCUGGCGCUGGCGGGCGCCUCCUACCUCUUUGCGCCGGGCAUGAGCCUGGCGCAGGUGUUCGGGUUUGUCAAGGGAGUGGACACCUUCUUCUGGUGGCAGUGCGUGGGGGGCGGCCUGAUGACUGUGGCUCCCGCGAAGCUGGCGGAUGGUGGGCGCCUGAACGAGCCGGUGGCCAAGACCCUCAACGCCGGCGUCAUGGCAGCCGCGCUGGGGCACCUGGCAGGCAAGGCAGCGGCAGCGGCAGCGGCAGCAAGAGGCGAGGUGUCCCCUGUGCUUGCGGGCUGCUUCAGCUUGCUGGGCCCCAUGGUGGCGGCUAACCAAGGGGGCCCCAUGCUGCCGUACGUGGUGGGGGCCUGGGCGACGGCGCUGCUGACUGGAGGCAUGGGACUGUUUGGUGGGGGCGCCGCCAAGGCCGCCGCCUGAAGGCCAGAUGAAGCACUAGCGAGUGUAGCGCUUUGCAGGAUUCUUCAGCUGACAAGCUGCAGAUCGGCAAUGGUUGUGUGCUGCCGUGUAAAUGACU